CACAGAAGUGUUACCAUGGGGAGAACAGCAGCUAAAGAUUCAAAGAAUAUUAAAAAAGAGAAAGAUGGAAAGAAUCAGCAGGCAAACAACCCGUCUUUAAAAAGUGAACAGUUUAAUUGGGAUGAUUAUCUGAAAGAGACUGAAUCAGUAGCUGCCCCUCUACAUUGUUUCAGACAGUCUAGAAUUCCGCCUACGAAUGAUUUCAAAGUUGGCAUGAAACUGGAAGCCCAUGAUCCUCGUAAUGUUACCUCAGUUUGUAUAGCUACAGUAAUUGGAAUCACUGGUGCCAGGCUAAGGUUGCGGCUGGAUGGAAGUGACAACAAAAAUGAUUUUUGGCGGCUUGUGGAUUCCUCGGACAUACAGCCCAUCGGGACCUGUGAAAAGAAAGGGGGCAUGCUCCAGCCUCCGCUUGGGUUCCAGAUGAAUGCAUCUUCUUGGCCAAUGUUUCUCUUAAGAACUCUCAAUGGAGCUGAAAUGGCACCCGCAGCAUUCUUUAAGAAGGAACCACCAAAACCUGUGCCAAACUGCUUUAAAGUUGGAAUGAAACUUGAAGCUAUAGAUAGAAAGAACCCAUACUUGAUUUGCCCAGCAACCAUUGGAGAUGUUAAAGGAGAUGAAGUCUUUGUUACAUUUGAUGGCUGGAGAGGAGCAUUUGACUAUUGGUGCAGAUGUGAUUCUCGAGAUAUUUUCCCAGUCGGAUGGUGUAGCUUGACAGGAGAUGCAUUACAACCACCAGGGAACAAUGUUUCCAUUACAAAGAGCAGUGCAAAAAUCCAAUCUUCCCCUUCCAAAGUGACCCGGCGUUCAAUGCAGUCUCCACAGAAAUCUGCUCCAGUACCAGCGCAACGGGGCAGGAAACCAGGUCGGGGCAAACCCCCUGGACAGUCUGCAGUUCCCAAGAAGGGCAGGUCUCCUAAAAAUAUUCCCCUGACAAAAAGCACCUCUCAUACUGAAAAUCUUAAAACAAGGAAAAAAAGUUUAAAACCUGGAAAAAAGAAAAAAAUCUUGCCAGAACAACUGACUCCUGCAUCUCCUUCUCCUCAUUCUUCUCCUGAGGGCGACAAUGGCACUACACAGAUACUUAAAGAUGGAAUUAGUUUGUCUGGUGCAGCUGCAUCAGUUAUAUCCACAGUGUGUGUUUAUGUCAACAAGCAUGGAAAUGCUGGGCCUCACCUGGAUAAGAAGAAGGUUCAGCAGCUUCCAGAUCACUUUGGACCAGGUCCUGUCAAUGUGGUACUUCAACAGGCUGUACAGGCUUGUGUGGAUUGUGCCUAUCAAUCCAAAACAGUCUUUGGAUUUCUCAGAUCUGGCCAUCACGGAGGGGAAAUGAUAACUGCUUCCUUUGAUGGGGAAAAGCACGCCAUCAAUCUUCCUUCUGUAAACAGUGCAUCGUUUGUCCUACGCUUCUUGGAGAAACUCUGCCACAGCCUACAGUGUGAUAAUCUCUUUAGUAGCCAACCUUUCAGCCCUUACAUGGGAUGUGCACACAGUCCUACGGAGUACGAUAGGAACAAACCAGCAAAAGAAGAAAUACCUGAAAACAGGAGUGCUAAACGAUACUCUCAGGACUCUCCGCCAUAUACUGCUCCUCUUUCCCCUAAGCUUCCCAGAAAUGAUGCUCAUCCAUCUGAAGCAGAAACAUUACCUAUAGAGGAAAACAGCACUUCCAAAGAACACCGAUUUUCUGAGGACUCUAUGGAUUCUGCACUUAGUUCUGUAAAUCCUUCAAGCCCGACCUGUCGAAAUUCCACGGAAUAUCGUACUUCAGGGAGUGCAGCGUAUUACAGAAAUUCCCUUCAGCCAGUGACUGCUACCUCAAAUUCAGCCCCAAUCCUGCGCAGGCUGUCCUUGAGCUCUGCUGGGAGCAGUGGUUACUAUGAAGUUAGUAGGAAUCGAAUACAGAGGCGGAUUGAAGCUGCAAGUUCCACAACUGGACCGGAUCUGAAUUCACUAAAAAGGGAACCUUCAAGAGUAUUGAAUAAGGAUCCUUCCACCUGGUCAAUAGAGGAAGUAAUGCGUUUUGUGAAAGAAGCUGAUCCACAGGCACUGGCUCCACAUGCAGAACUCUUUAGGAGACAUGAAAUCGAUGGGAAGGCACUACUCUUACUGAGGAGUGAUAUGAUAAUGAAAUAUAUGGGACUGAAGCUGGGGCCUGCCCUAAAGUUGUGCUACCACAUUGAGAGACUUAAACAAGGAAAGUACUAGCCAGUGGGCAUACCACAAAUAUGUGUGUUCGUAUCACACCGAGCUCUCAGGUUCACAGCCAUCGCCUUUAUUUGAAACUAUUUUGCUGAUAUAAAUCAUCUUUAUUUUUUGAAAGUGCUCUCAA